GCACUCGUGGACGACCUGAAAGGAGACACCAGCGGUGACUUUGGAGAACUGCUGGUGGCGCUCGUCACCCCUCCUGCAGCGUUCGACUGCCAUGAAGUGAUGCGGGCCAUGAGGGGCGCCGGGACAGAAGACAGCACCCUGAUAGAAAUCUUUGCCUCCAGAUCCAACCAGCAAAUCAAAGCUCUGACUGACGUCUAUCUGGAAGAAACUGAGAAGAAGUUGACCCUUGACCUGAAGUCAGAAGUUUCCGGAGACUUUGCCAAUGCACUCCUCAUCCUGGUCGAGGGCAAGAGGGAAGAGAACACCACAGUAGACGCAGACAAGGCAAAAGAAGACGCCAAGACCCUUUAUGAUGCUGGGGAGAAGAAGUGGGGCACUGAUGAAUCUAAGUUUGUAGACAUCCUCUGCCAGAGGAGCGUACCUCAGCUGAGACAGACUCUGGUUGAAUAUAAGAACAUCAGUGGAAAGACUCUGCAGGCAAGCAUCGAAGGAGAGAUGUCAGGGGAGCUGGAGGAACUGCUGGUGGCUAUCGUGAAAUGUGUGAAGAGCAUCCCAGCUUACUUUGCAGAGCGUCUGUAUGGGUGCAUGAAGGGUGGCGGAACAGACGAGUGGACUCUGAACAGGAUCAUGGUGAGCCGCUCUGAGAUCGACCUGCUGGACAUCAGAGCCGAGUUCAAGAAGCUCUACGAGUACUCGCUGCACUCUGCCAUCGAGUCAGAUCUGUCGGGCGCCCUCGGGGACUGUGUGAAGGCCAUCUGUGGAGGAGACGACUAACUAACACACCUGAGGCCCACCUGAGGCCGAGAGUCUGAUUGCGGAGGGGAAUAUGGAAAGACUCUGCUAAAGAUUUGUGGAGGAGACGAUGAUUAAUAUCGACAUGUUUGGCUCUCACUACAUUUUUAUUUUCAUUUCUGUCAUUUUAUCAUUUAUCAACCCUAACAUCCACAUGGCUUUAAAUACAAUACUACACAUGGACUUUAUUUAUUGCGAAAGGAAAUGCCCAAACAUAAACAUACUAUGAAAACACAGCUUUUAGCAGUUUUCAUUGCAUUUGUUGCUUCAUUUGUACAUCAUCAUUAUUUUCCUUCUGCUUUUUGAUAGGUCUCCAAAUGUAGAAGAUGUUACAAAUAAUGUUACAGCUAAAAUUAACAAUCAGCCCUACAGUACUGUAGUCAUGCAGCAAGCUCACAGUAAAGAGUGACUUCUGUAUUACAAAAAUAAUAAUAAGUUUGUCUUCACUAAAAAUCUUCAUUCUUGAAUCUUUGUAACUUCCAGAAAUAAUAAUAAAACAUGUCAUGAAUUA